AUUAGUAAAAUUCCUUCAAAUGAAAUAACGAAAUUGAAAAAACGUGUACACCGCCCCCUCCGCUCAGCCCACCUAAACCCCACCGCCGGCGAUUCACUUCUUCCUCCGCCGGCGAAUUCUGCAAAAUCUCAUCCGACGAUCGGAGCUCAAGCACAGGACACGUGGCGUAACGGAAUAACACCACAUGACCAAAUUCGAUACAGCAGCCCCUCUCAACCACCCCCACUACCCCACGCCCCUGUCCGUGUAUCGUUUACCCACGCACUCUCUCUCACCUCCGUCAGCAAUCUCUGUCACUCACUGACUAAUUCGACAAUAUUUUUAUAUAAUUGAGUUUUUUUGUAGAGAGAGAUUGGAAAAAGUUACUGACUAGAGUACAAAAAUUAGGGAGUGUGAAACUGUCACUCUCCCCCAAUUUGCCGUUAGUUUUAUAUUUGGGAGUAGGAGAGAGAGAAAAAAGGGGAUUGUGAAAGGUGGUGGUGGUAUUCUGGUAAAUAAUAUCAAUCGCCGCCGCUGUUUUCCGAUGACAGGUGUAUCGAUGAACGCGGUGGCGGUGGCCGGGAUUGUCACUAGGGCUUUCUAUGCGGAUUCGCAGGAUAUCAAAUUUGGGAACCCGUGGUGGUUUGUGUACGCGAGUAUUUCGUGUUUCCUCGUUCUCUUCGCCGGAAUAAUGUCGGGGCUGACGUUGGGCUUGAUGUCACUCGGCCUCGUCGAACUUGAAAUUCUCCAGCGGAGCGGCACCGCCAUCGAAAAGAGACAAGCUGCAAUUAUUUCGCCGGUGGUUAAAAAGCAGCACCAACUUCUCGUGACUCUGCUACUAUGCAAUGCCGCUGCCAUGGAGGCUCUACCUAUAUUUUUGGAUAAACUAUUCCACCCCGUUGUUGCUGUUAUACUCUCCGUGACAUUUGUGCUGGCUUUUGGUGAGAUUAUUCCUCAAUCGGUAUGCUCUAGAUAUGGGCUGGCUGUGGGUGCAAAUUGCGUUUGGCUCGUGCGAAUUUUGAUGAUAGUAUGCUAUCCUAUUUCUUACCCGAUCGGAAAGAUUCUGGAUUAUCUAUUGGGCCACAGUGAUGCUUUGUUUAGGCGACCUCAACUAAAAGCACUUGUAUCCAUUCAUAGCCAGGAGGCUGGUAAAGGUGGUGAACUUACUCAUGACGAAGCAACAAUUAUUAGUGGAGCACUGGAUUUGACAGAAAAGACUGCAGAGGAGGCUAUGACACCCAUUGAAUCAACUUUUUCCCUCGAUGUCAAUUCGAAAUUGGAUUGGGAAGCAAUUGGAAAAAUCCUUGCACGGGGCCAUAGUCGCAUUCCUGUGUAUUCAGGAAACGCGAGGAACAUUAUUGGACUUUUACUGGUUAAAAGUCUUCUCACUGUAAGAGCUGAAACCGAGACCCCAGUUAGCUCUGUUUCCAUCCGAAGAAUGCCUAGGGUACCGGCUGAUAUGCCCUUGUACGAUAUUCUGAACGAGUUUCAAAAGGGAAGCAGCCACAUGGCAGCUGUGGUGAAGGUGAGAGAGAAGGACAAAAAGGUCAUUUCAUCUAAUGAUCACGAAAAGAAAACGUUGACCAAUGGGGAUUCACAAUUGACCAAACCUUUGCUGGACAAGCGAGAGGGACAAAUAAGUAAUAACAGUGUUGUUAUCAACGUAGACAAGUCUCGGCACAAUGGUUUUAUGACACACAGUUGGAAACACACAGUAGAGGACAUUGACGAGGGAGAAGUUAUCGGCAUAAUCACCUUGGAAGAUGUAUUUGAAGAACUUCUGCAAGAGGAAAUUGUUGACGAGACAGAUGUAUAUAUUGAUGUACAUAAAAGGAUACGAGUAGCUGCUGCAGCGGCAGCAUCAUCUGUUGCUCGAGCACCUUCAAAUCGUCGGCCGAGUACCGGUCAAAAGCUAUCACUAGGAGGUCAAGGCAAGCAAGAACCAAAUACAAACAAGUUACAGGAAUGAGGGUUUAUUCCAUGAUGUUUUAAAUAUGCUUUGAAUUUUGAUCUACAUAUGUACCUUGGUAGUUUGGGAAUAUGAGUUUGUAUCAGAUUUUAUUUUAGUAUAAUUGCUAAUUACUUUGUAUAAUAAUAAUAAUAAUAAUAAUAUUUUAUAUAUAUUUUUA